UGAUCACGGUGAUGGUCCAUAUCCCGGCGUGUAAAUAUGAUCAAGAGUAUGUACUCUUGAUAUUAUGCAGAGCUUCGUGGGUGAGACGCUGAGAAGAAGGACAAAGCUCCACGUCGAUCAGUUUUGUCUCUUGAGUGAUAGAUCUACCACACCGUGAACGCGUAGCGAAAAAUUGAAGGCAUGGUGCCUGUUUUCAUGCGAUCUGUUAUCCUUUUCAAGUUGUUCCGCUCAAGCCUCAGUAGUAAAAGAGCGUGUGUUUCCUCUCGGCACGUACCGUAGUCGUCAGUUCCGCCAGAAUAUACAAUAUUUCGAGUCGUAGUCAAAGCUAUCAGCAGCAGGAUGUUCAGAACGUAUUUGAAUUCUGACGCUCGCCGUCUGAAAUCAGCGAAACCUUUGGUUGAUUCGUUGGGAGAACCAAACGGGGUGGCGAGCAGAAAAGGAAGUGAGCGGAAGUACAGCUGUUCCGUCUGUUACGCCGACUUCGCAAUCCACUCUGACCUCAUUUCCAAACGCUUUCAGUCCAGUCGUGGCCAAGCAUAUCUAUUCGACAAAGCGGUAAACGUGUAUUCUGGGCCCAUCGAGGAAAAACUGCUGCUCAGUGGCACACAUCACAUCUGCAACAUCCAUUGCAAAGGUUGUGAAGCGGCCGUCGGAUGGAAAUAUGUCAGAGCCCAGCCUACUUCUCAGCGCUAUAAAGAAGGGAAAUAUAUCCUUGAAUGUGUAGCAAUGCACAAGGAUAACAAUUGGGGAGGAAUGUGAUUUCCUUUCGCUCAGUGUCAUGACACAUCCCAGAGUGGGAUCCAAAACUAACAAUUCAGUAACCCUAUUUGUCACCCUACCCCAGCAGGGGACACGCACGCACGCACACACACACACACACACAUGCACACACACACACGCACACACAUGCCAAAUGGACGUCUAGUAUUUCGUACAGACUAACCCCCUUAACCAUGCUUUUUAAACUGGCCUUGAAGACACCGAUAAUGGUUACUGUAUUGACCUUUGAGGAUAGGAAUAGACCGUGAUAAAUCUGGACCUCCCGUAAUGUAUCUCUCUCAAUACUCGCUUUAUUUUUAGGGGGGACCCCAGAUGUGAAUAUUUUAAUUUUCUUUCUUCCUAUCAGUAACUUACUCAAAGCUGCACCUCACUCAUUCCGAUCCUCACUCAUUCUGAUCCUCACUCAUUCUGAUCCAGCAUCUCCCACUGUACACAGUGUAUGUACUACACAGGGUAUGAAAUCUACAAUGCACUAUGGCAUUGAGACAGUACGCCCCUGCUGCUCCUUACUCGUCUUCGCCGUGGUAUUGGUUUUGUUGUCAACAGGACUUCAACAUAUAGUACAGUUAUAGUAUAUCAACCUUGUACAUGUACUGCUUCUUUUUUUCUUCUUUUUUUUAAUGUCGACAACCUCUCUGUUACACCGCCUGGAACUUAUUGCCUACUGAAUCUCUGGUGUGUCUUGGACAUCGCAUUCAUUCUUAUCGUAGAACACGGCACAUCUAAGCACAAACAUUGCUCCGGUACCACCCUUUCCA